GGCGGGGCGCGUGCCGGGGCGCGGCGCAUGCGCGGCGCGGGGCGCGCGGGGACAAUGGCGGCGGCGGCGCUGGCGGCGGGCGGAGGCCCCGGGAGCGGCCCCGCGGCGGCCCCGGCGGGCGGGCCCGGCCCCGCGCUGGCCGCGGCGCGCCGCAAGGACGGCGGCCCCGCCGGCAAGUUCUGGGAGAGCCCCGACACCGUGUCCCAGCUCGACUCGGUCCGCGUGUGGCUGGGGAAGCACUACAAGAAGUACGUUCAAGCAGAUGCUCCUACCAAUAAAACAUUGGCUGGGCUGGUGGUGCAGCUGCUGCAAUUCCAGGAAGAUGCCUUUGGAAAACACGUCACCAAUCCUGCCUUCACAAAGCUUCCUGCAAAGUGCUUCAUGGAUUUCAAAGCUGGAGGUACAUUAUGUCACAUUCUUGGUGCUGCUUACAAAUAUAAGAAUGAACAGGGCUGGAGGAGGUUUGACCUGCAGAAUCCCUCCCGCAUGGAUCGCAACGUGGAGAUGUUCAUGAACAUUGAGAAAACACUGGUGCAGAACAACUGUCUGAGCAGACCAACCAUCUACCUCAUUCCUGACAUGGAGCUGAAGCUGGCCAACAAGCUGAAGGACAUUGUCAAGCGUCACCAGGGAACAGUCACUGAAGAGAAAUCCAAGGCCACCCACCAUGUGUAUCCAAGUCCUACCUCAAUGGAUGAUGAUGAGUGGUUGAGACCUGUGAUGAAAAAGGACAAGCAGGUGCUGGUACAUUGGGGCUUUUUUCCAGACAGCUACGACACCUGGGUCCACGCCAACGAGCUCGACGCGGAAAUCGAGGAUCCCCCGAUUCCCGAGAAGCCCUGGAAGGUUCACGCCAAGUGGAUUUUGGACACUGAUGUGUUCAAUGAGUGGAUGAAUGAGGAGGAUUAUGAGGUGGAUGAGAACAGGAAAUCCGUGAGUUUUCGCCAGAGGAUCUCCAUGAAGAAUGAAGAGCCCGUGCGGAGCCCUGAGAGGAGGGACAGGAAAGCAGCAGCCAGUACAAGGAAAAGGAAACAUUCCCCUUCUCCACCCCCCACUCCUGUGGAGUCCAGGAAAAAGACAGGGAAGAAAGGCCAAGCAUCUCUCUAUGGGAAGAGGAGGGGGCAGAAGGAAGAGGAUGAGCAGGAGGAUCUCACCAAGGACAUGGAGGACCCCACCCCAGUGCCCAACAUAGAAGAAGUGGUACUUCCCAAAAAUGUGAACCCAAAGAAGGACAGUGAGAACACGCCCGUGAAAGGAGGAACCGUGGCAGACCUGGAUGAGCAGGAUGAGGACACAGUGGCGACUGGAGGGAAGGAGGACGAGGACCCCAACAAGGGUGACCAGAGCCGCUCCAUUGACCCUGGGGAGGACAAUGUCACCGAGCAGACCAACCACAUCAUCAUCCCCAGCUACGCCUCCUGGUUCGACUACAACUGCAUCCACGUGAUCGAGCGUCGCGCGCUUCCGGAAUUCUUCAAUGGGAAAAACAAGUCCAAGACUCCAGAAAUAUACCUGGCCUACAGGAACUUCAUGAUCGACACGUACCGCCUGAACCCGCAGGAGUACCUGACCAGCACUGCCUGCAGGAGGAACCUCACCGGUGACGUCUGCGCCGUCAUGAGGGUCCACGCCUUCCUGGAGCAGUGGGGGCUCAUCAACUACCAGGUGGAUCCCGAGAGCCGCCCCAUGGCCAUGGGGCCCCCCCCGACCCCCCACUUCAACGUGCUGGCCGACACCCCCUCGGGGCUGAUGCCCCUGCACAUCCGCACCCCGCAGGUUCCAGCUGCCCAGCAAAUGCUGAGCUUUCCUGAGAAGAACAAGGAGAAGCCAACUGACCUGCAGAACUUUGGCCUUCGCACAGACAUCUACUCCAAAAAGACUUUGGCCAAGAGUAAAGGGGCGAGUGCUGGCAGAGAGUGGACAGAGCAGGAGACACUGCUGCUGUUAGAGGCUCUGGAGAUGUACAAGGACGACUGGAACAAGGUGUCGGAGCACGUGGGCAGCCGCACGCAGGACGAGUGCAUCCUGCACUUCCUGCGCCUGCCCAUCGAGGAUCCGUACCUGGAGAACUCGGACGCCUCGCUGGGACCCCUGGCGUACCAGCCCGUGCCCUUCAGCCAGUCUGGCAACCCCGUCAUGAGCACCGUGGCCUUCCUGGCCUCCGUGGUGGAUCCUCGUGUGGCCUCGGCUGCAGCCAAGGCUGCCCUCGAGGAGUUUUCCCGGGUCAGAGAGGAGGUGCCCCUGGAGCUGGUGGAAGCCCACGUGAAGAAGGUGCAGGAGGCAGCUCGAGCCUCGGGGAAGGUGGAUCCAACCUACGGCUUGGAGAGCAGCUGCAUCGCGGGCACCGGCCCCGACGAGCCCGAGAGGAUGGAUGGAGCUGAGGAGGAGAAGAUGGAAACGGAGGCAGAGGGACAGGCGGCGGAGAAGGUGGAGAACAAAGCCGAGAGUGAAUCUGAGGAAGGAGAGAAGGUCCCGGAAGGGGAAAACGAGCGGAGCGUGGAGAAGGAGCCAGAGAGCGAAGGGGCUGCAGAGCCCAAGCCAGAGGAAAAGGAGGCAGAGGAGAACAAGGAGAACGUUGAUGGCAGCAAAGACAAAGAGGCCGAGGCUGGGAAGAAGAAAGUGGAGCACGAGAUCUCGGAAGGAAACGUGGCCACAGCUGCAGCUGCUGCCUUGGCCUCUGCUGCCACCAAAGCCAAGCACCUGGCAGCUGUGGAGGAGAGGAAAAUCAAGUCCCUGGUGGCUCUUCUGGUGGAGACUCAGAUGAAGAAGCUGGAGAUAAAACUUCGCCAUUUUGAGGAGCUGGAAACCAUCAUGGACCGGGAGAAAGAGGCACUGGAGCAGCAGAGGCAGCAGCUGCUGACGGAGCGCCAGAACUUCCACAUGGAGCAGCUCAAGUACGCCGAGCUAAGGGCUCGCCAGCAAAUGGAGCAGCAGCACAGCCAGAACCCCCAGCAGCCCCACCAGCACCCCAGCGGGCCUGGCAUGGCCCCUCUGGGGACACCAGCCCACCCUGGGCUGCUGCCCCACCAGCAGCCCCCGCCCUACCCCAUGAUGCACCACCAGAUGCCACCUCCUCACCCACCUCAGCCAGGUCAGAUGCUCCCUGGACAGCCCAUGGCAGGCAGGAUGAUGUCCUCCAGCAUCCACCCCAGCCCUGGGGCUGCCCCACCUGGCAGCACCCCACCACUGGGGCACCCCAUGGCCGGGAACCUCAUCGGGCCCCGCGUGCCGCUGGCAGCUCCCAACGGAAUGUAUCCCGGUCCAGCCCAGCCAGCCCCCGCGGAAGGAGUGACCCCACCGCCGGCCGGAGCCCCGCCAGCCUCAGCCGCUCCCUAAAGCAGCCAAGGAAGGAGGAAGGAACUUCCACAGCAACAUGGUGGUGACCAAAAGAGAAUUCCUCAGUUCCCUUCUGUCCCUGGGGAGGUGUCCCCUCCUGUCCCAGCCGCGUGUGGCACACGGAGCCCGGCACAGCCCGGCGUUCCCUGGGGAUGCCGGGAGCGCCCCGUGUUGCUGCUGGGAAAUCCUUCACCCCUUGGCCUGCUUGCCUUGCACAGCUCCACGCUGGUUUCCUUCCUCUUGGUGCUUUGAGCUCGGGUUUCUCCAGGGAAGGGUGAAAUGAUCCAGGUUUUAGGGCGGUUCUGGGGUCUCUGGCAGAGCGAAGCACCGAGGGGAGAGCCCAAACCAGAGCUUGGAGCAGGGCAGGAGAAGCAGAGUGUGCUGGAGCACGGAGCCUCAGGGCUGGCAGCCUCUAACUUAUUACAGGAAAUAAUUGAUCCAUGGCAAUGAAUCCAGGAGUGAAUCAAUCAGAAUAAAACCACUCAAUGGGAGGAGUUUUCUCGCUCCAGUUUUCACCUUCCCUUUGCCUUUGGAGGUGGUAGUUGGACCUUCCCUGAGUAGUUUGGUGCAGUAGCCAACUGAGGAAUAACCCCCUGUUUUUAGUCCCUCUUUUUGGAGCAUAUACUUUGUACUUUUUAAAAUGAAGAAAACAAACAAAAAAAAAAAAAAAAAAAAAAAGAUAAAGUAGGUAGCGAAGAAGUGCUAGAAUUUGGGAUUGGGUUGGGAUGGCUGGGAUGGGAAUGGCAGAACUACCUCUGGACAGCCGGGGCGGCUGGGACAGCUCCUGUCACCCCCCUGCGGCUGGAGGGGCGGGGAAGGGAGCAGCUGCAGCAGGCAGAGCUGGGAGCACUCCAGAGCUGCUGCUGGGAAACCUCCAGGCUGCCAAAACUGGGGGGAAAAUCCUGCAAAAAAUCCUUUUCUGCCCGUGGUUGGGGUUCUCUGCCCUCGUCCUGGCCCAGGAGCGUUUGGGAUUUCCCUGCCCGGGCUCUGGAUGCUGCUCCUUGAUUUCAGGGGUGCCUUUUGUCCGGGUGGGGGUUGAGCUUGGGCUGGAGAGAGGCUCCCAAAAACUCUGGAACCUCCAGAACCACUUCCACCGUUUCAAAAUCAAGGAUUUGCCAGGUCUUCCAGCACAACUCCACGCUCCACAGAGAGCGGCCGGGGCCUUCCCAUUCCCCUUCCCAAGGCUUCCUUCCCCUCCAGGGUCUUUGGGGUGAGCGUGGGGUUUCUGGUGCAGCCCUUAGUCCAGUUUAGAGUAACCUCAGGUUGUUUUUAGCGUGAGCUAUUCCCAGGAUCCAGGUGGAGACUAUUUUUUACUGUCCUAGUGCUGAUCCUGCCGAGGACCUGGAUCCUGGACUCUGUUUUGUUUCUGUAUAAAUAAUCCCUGUGCCCACUUUUUCACCUGAUCUCUGUAUAGGGCCGGUUUGAUUCCUGCAGCAGCCACCCAAUUUUGUGAAAUAAAAGCAAAAAACAGCGGUUUUUGUACAAA